AUGCCUUCCCUUCGUCGUUCUUUCUCAUCCCCGUCAGUCCGCUCGAACCCAUACCCAACUUCACUAUCAAAUGGUAGUGUAAGUAACGCUCGCCCGCGCGUUGCAGGUCAUGGGUUUCGUCGUUCUUCUGACUCGGAAACGACUGAACGUAGGGUCCUUGCGGACAUUGAGUGGUGGCGGGUUUCUGAUGGACAGUGCGACCUUAAUACGGUCCAGGACCAGGCUGAACCAGAUCAGGAUGUACAAGACGGCGUGUAUGUCUCCGCGGGCGGCGCCAUUACUCUGUCAGCCUCUGACAGUCCACAGACGCCCCCGCUGAUGUUGCAUGACCUUCCUCCCAUAGACUUCGCCCAGUCUAUUCCUAUGAGUCAGUUCGCUGCACUCUCCAUAGCCCCUCACUCUCCCACCAGCAGGAGACAUGGGCGCAACUCCUCGUUUUCCUCCCUCGAGUCCACCCCCGAGAUGCCCGAAACUCCUCUGGAGAGCAUUUGCUUCAGCAUGAUUGAUGUAGAUGCUGGCUCUCAUGAUCUCCAACUUCCUUCCGAAUUUGCGCUGCCUCCUACAAGUGUCAUCUCUCGACCUUCAUUCGCGCUCUUCGAAAUGUGUACCUACUCUUUCGCAGACUCCCGUGACUUCGGAGGCGAUGUUCAUCAGUUUGCCGACGGAGCCUCCUCCUUUUCGCUCGAUCAGAACAUCUUUCACUGA